AUGUACGGCAUUCCAGUUUUCGACGUAUCUCCACCAAUUCUGCAGACACCGAAACCAUUCCCACACUUGCUUGUAGUGCUCAGCCACGUGAUCCUACCUUCCAGGAUUGGAAAGGAUUUGCACACUCCACACGUUUCUACAGCACUCCCUCCAAAAGAUGCUCAUUUCGCUAAUUCUUCUGAUAUGGCUGCCUCCACAUCAGUCAUUUUGCUUGUCCCCUUUGCUAGGGACCAUGGCUACAUAUAUCUACCAGGAGUUCCUACCAGCUUCCAUCCUGAAGCAUCCUGGUACAUCCCACCCUCAUCUGCCCCCUCUCAGCCCAUCCAGCUUGGACAGCGUGUUCUUUUUGUCAGUAUGACCUCCAGGAGGACAUUCUUUGGUCGCCUCAGGUCUGUCAUUCGCUUGGAAAGGUCUUAUGUGGUCGUUUCAGUCUCUCCAGUCCAAGAAGCAUAUGGAUCCUUCCUCCCUGCCCCCUGCAACAUCUUCAUACCAGUCUCGUCUGUCAUUCUCCCAAAAUUGCGACAGCUACAGUAUAAUCUACUGUUCUCCACUCUCCCUGAUUGCGUCCAUGACAAGUAUGAUGCACAUCUUGCCUCCUUGUUGCAAGAUACAGCAGAAGACGCUCCCCCUUCAUCCUCUCUUCCAACAGAGCCUCGUUCAUGAAGUUUUUAUUUGCUUCACUGAGAGGAUGGUUUGGGGGGGAAAGUUGUGAUCCCCUAUGCUCCUGUCACCCCACAGACCCCCAAAGCUUGACCCCUGUUGACAUCUGACUCACCCUGUCCACUUUUGGAUGUACUAUAUCAGCAUCAGAUCAGCGCUGCCUCUCUGUCAUCCCACUUUGGCCUAGAAGUGAUCUCUUCAAGAUGUGACAUGCACAGCCUCCCCCUAAUGUGAUUCCAGUGCACUUUCCCAGUUCCUGACAUUGCUUGACUCAUACUGUGACAUUCUGACUGUCUUUGACUCACCUAUUGCCAAUACUUACCAAUCUUUUGACUUUGCUUACUGAUUCUUCACUUUUUGGCUUACUUAUCCUUACCAAUGCUUACCAAUGCUUUCCAAGAUGAUUACCCAUCG